GGUUCGCGGCUGCUGAGGGAGUAUAACGUAAAUUAGCCCACUUUCCGUUGCUUCAUUUUUGGUCUCCACUGCUCCUCCUACUGUUAGUUACUUUCUCUUCUGGCGUUUUCCCCUUUCCCCAUCCCAUCAUCGUUCAUAACGUUAAAACUUCCCUUUCAUUCCCUUCCCUCAUCCGCCAGAGAAAAAUAAGAGACUACACUCCGCUCGCCGAGAGAAUUCCAUCACUUUCCCGUGGAAGAAAAAGGGAGGAAAUUGGGUCGUGGGGGUGAAGAAAAGAGAAUGGAUCUCUGGGGAGCGCUGCAAGUGAAGAACGCCACUCGGAGCCCUCUCCUUGCCGGGUAUUAUUCGAUUCCUUCCGAGCGAUUGAGUUGCUGGGCCCGAGAGAAGAAAACGAUUGGGUUUCUGGAGAUCAGGGUUUUCAACCGCAAGCUCUGCUCCCACUCGUUGAUUGUCAGGGCUAAGGCGAAGAAGAACAACAACGACAGCGAUGACAAUUCCUCUUCAUCUUCUUCUUCGUCGCCUUCUCCUUUCGAAAAUGGUGAUAGAUCUCGCCCUGAUGGAGAUGUGUCGAAAGGGAAAAAAUCCUAUGAUGGCAGCAAAACGAACAAUAGUUCUUCCCAGAAGCCAAUUCGGGGGAAUCUGGACUGGAGAGAAUUCAGGGCUAGUUUGGUUGCUCAAGAGCAGGCACACAAGUCAGAGACCGAGACUCACAGCAGCCAGAGCGGGCCAUUCCAAGAGCCGAAACCUCUUGCCCCAAAGUGGGCUCACCCUUUAUCAAUCCCUGAGAAUGGUUGUGUCCUUGUUGCCACGGAGAAACUCGAUGGAGUUCGUACAUUCGAAAGAACUGUUGUCCUCCUCCUAAGAGCUGGUACCAGCCAUCCACAGGAAGGACCGUUUGGUGUUAUCAUCAAUCGCCCACUCAACAAAAAGAUUAGGCAUAUGCAGCCAAACAAUAAUGAGCUGGCGACCACAUUCUCAGAUUGUUUUGUGCAUUUCGGCGGGCCCCUUGACGCGAGCAUGUUCUUGUUGAAAACAGGAGAGAAUAAGACCAAGCUUCCCGGGUUUGAAGAAGUGGUUCCCGGUUUGUGUUUUGGUGCUAGAAACAGCUUAGAUGAUGCUGCAGCACUUGUGAAGAAAGGAGUACUGAAGCCUCAGGACUUCCGGUUCUUUGCCGGUUAUGCCGGUUGGCAGCUGGAUCAGUUGAGGGAGGAGAUUGAGUCUGACUAUUGGUACGUCGCUUCUUGCAGCUCAAAUCUCAUCUGUGGAGGAUCAUCCAUGAUGGAGUCUGGCAAUCUGUGGGAAGAGAUUUUGCAGCUUAUGGGUGAUGAUUACUCGGAGGUGAGCCGGAAGCCUAAGCAAGACAUGUAAGUUCAUUGGGAACACGAUGGGUAUGGGUCUGAAUGAAAAUAUGGAUGUGGUAUUAAUGGAGUCAAAUGUACAGAAACUCACUGUGCCUAGAUAGCCUUGUUUUUAGCUUGUUUUCUCUUUCCUUGGCUUUGGUCUCAGUUGAGUGGUAUUAAUGGAGUCAAAUGUAAGAACUUGGCAGUUGCUGUUUUAUAUAUGUAACAGGAUGGUUGCGUUGCCUUAAUGUUAGGGUGAAAAAAUGGAAAUAAACCCAGUAAAGCCCUCCUGAUAAAUUAACCUCUUUGGUGGGUUCAUUAACUUAGCUGUCUGCAUUUGUUGCUGCAAUCUCAUAAGACGUCUCUGUUCCCUUUGGAAUCACUACAGCAGGGAACUUAAUAGUUAAGGUUUGGUUUGGAUAGUUGGACUACGAGGAUGGAUAUAUUGGUAUCGUCGUUUAGGUUGAUGAUUUCGAGAUCUGAUCACUCAUCAGUAUGUGAGAUUCUAUACAAUGCCUGUCUAUAAACUGUGGUACACUAUCUGUCUGUCACUAUGAUUCCUCUUCCAAACGACCCUUAGAGAUUUCUUUAUGAACUGCACAAGGAUAAGGUCAAAAUCUUUGGGAACAAAUAGCAGAUCACAUCAAUAAAGUCCUAUAAAAUAUACCAAAGUAUCACUCUUUAAGUUGGGAUCCUACUGUUCAGUUAUCAUCAUAAAAUAGCUAAUAGUCA